CAGUGUUUUCUUCGAUUGCUUCAGUUAGAGCCGGGUUCGAAGAAGGAGAUCCUCGGGCUGGCGGUGGGCGCGAACCCGCUGGGCCAGCUGCUGUUCUCGCCGCUGUUGGGGCUGUGGGCCAACCGCGCGGCGUCGGCGCGCGCGCCGCUGCUCGCCACGCUCGCGCUCUUCGUGCUCGCGAGCGCGCUCUACGCCAACCUGCACCUCACGCGCCCCUACGCGAGGUACUGGAUGGUGUUGGCGCGGUUCCUCGUCGGCGUCAGCUCAGCAAAUAUAGCCGUGGCGCGGUCCUACCUCUCAGCGGCGACGCUGGUGAGCGAGCGCACGCGCGCCGUGGCCAGCGUGUCGCUGGCGCAGGUGCUGGGCUUCGUGGUGGGCCCGGCGCUGCAGGCGGCCGCGGCGCCGCUGGGCCCCGGGGCCCCGUACGCGCCGCCCGGGGCGCCCGCGGCGCUGCGGCUGGACAUGUACACGGCGGCGGGCUGGAUUAACGCGGUGCUUGGCAUCGUCAACUUUGUGCUGUUUCUGCCGUGGUGCUUCAAGGAGCGCACCAUAGCGGCCAGGGAAGCGAUGCUCGCUCAGGGCAAAAACUCAGAAAAAGAAGCUCUAAAAGCGAUGAAGCCCGACCUGGUCAGCAGCUGGACGCUGGUGGGUGCGUUCUUCGUGCUGGUGUUCAACUUCGUGCUGCUGGAGACGCUGGCGUCCAGCCUCACCAUGGACCAGUUCGCGUGGAGCAAGAAGCAGGCGCUGGAGUACCUGGGCGCGCUCAUGAGCGCCGGCGCCGUGCUGGCGUGCGUCACCUUCGCGCUCAUAUCUCCGCUCACCAAGUUCUUCGAGGAGCGCGCUCUUCUCCUGUGGGGCGGCUUCCUGCUGACGGGGCUGGCGUCGCUGCUGUGCAUCCCGUGGGGCCCGGGCCCGCCGCCGCUGGCGCCGCCGGGCGCGCGCGAGGCGGGCGGCGGCUGCCCGCAGGAGGCGCAGCCCUGGUGCCAGGACUCCCGCGGCCUCACCAUCACGCAGUUCUUCAUCGCCUACGCUCUCGUGUCCGUGGGCUACUCGCUCGGGGUCACGCUCAUACAAACGAUAUUUUCGAAGGUUCUCGGACCGAGGCCUCAGGGCGUGUGGAUGGGCGUGCUGACGGGCGCGGGCUGCGUGUCGCGCGCGCUGGGCCCGGUGUUCGUGGCGAGCGUGUACGCGCGGCGCGGGCCCGACGCCACCUUCGGCAGCACGGCCGCGCUCACCUUCGCCGCGCUGCUGGCGCUGCGCCUGGUGUACGGCCGCCUGCUGCCCCCCGCGCCCCCCGCCGCCCCCUCCGUCGCCCCCUCCCCCGCCGCGCAAGAGCUGCUGCCGCUGGUUGCGCCCGCGCCCGCCGACGGAGACCCAGACUCGAUACACGUGGAAAAAACAGAAGCGCAAGCCACGUGACAUCGGCGUGAGCUUAACCCGGGCUGUUGCGACUCGACGAAUGCCCGAAAGUUAGAGUAGGCGCACACCGUUGUAUGUUUCUUACUAUCGUUGAUAGUUUAGUCGGGCAGUUGAUCAGUAUGGGCAUGUAUGGGAGUGCGCACACUACGCCGAUUCGAUUUGGCCGAUUCUUCAUACAAUUACAAUCGGGCACAACUAUCGGCCAACUAAAAAUCAACGGUGUGCGCCUACUCUUAAACAUGAAAAUGUCUAUUUAUCCGUUAUCAGAGAUAGUGAGUGUCGAGUGAUAGAGUAGAUUAAAGUGCUUAAGUAACUUUAUGACCGUUCGAGUCGUGCUCAUUACCCUGUCGUGCGUCGAAUUACCCUCUAGUUGUCGUCAUGUCAGACUGUUGGCUAAAGUUGCAGUUUAUACUCGUACAAUUUAUAUUUAUGAAGCGCUCAAAGUACGAGAAUUUAAGUGCAAUAAUUAUAGACAAGAUCAAGCAAGUACUUAACUAAAUAUUUAGUCAUAAAAUAACCAUAGUUAGUGGUCAAGCCAAAUAUUAAGUUCUAUUUGACUGGACAGCAUUAAGAGAUAUGCCCUAUGCCGUUAUUUGUAAUAAGUUUACAAAGAAGAAGUAAAUGAUUAGCCGAUUAGUCUCUGGUAGGUAUUUUUUCCUUAACGAGAAGGAAAAAUAUAUUUUGCGUCAUACAAGUAAACAGUGACAGCGCCUGCACACACACGGAUUUAGCAUUUUGUUAGCUAACACUGUCACAAAAGUUAUUAUUUGUCUUUUGAAUGCUCUGCAACUUGAAUGAUCUCAAGAUUCCAAAUGAACAGUAAGAAUUGCUAAGGUGUCAAGGCUCAAAACAUGAUGUUUUAACCUUACAAGCUGUAAUAUUGAUGUCACUGUAAAUAAUUUAAUCAUGAAUGAAAAGUACUUAUUUCCGGGGUCAUAUCCCUUAACAAUAAAAUGGCUCUAAGGUCCACUUAAAAAGGAAUUUUAAAAAUCCUUAUAGAUUCUUGUAAUAAACAAGUGUUUUGAAUAUAAUAUAGCGUACCUAUAUUUCAAUCGAAAAAUAUUUUA